GCCCAACCAAAAGACAAUCGGAUCCUCUCACCGUAACGUGGCACGAUACUAUUGGUUUUCUCUCCCGUUCUGCCCGACCCACCGGCGUUCACCACUUCUCCCGUCGCCUCGGCCCUCGCCUCUCUGGUCUGCGAUGGUUCCAGACCCCAGCGUUCCAAUCUCUUUCACCAACUCUCGCACGCAAUGCAAACUCUCUCUGUCUGUCUGUCUUUCUCUCUCUCUCUCUCUCCCCCCCCUAUAUUCCCUUCUCACAACUGAAGAUUGAAGAAAGAAGGGAACUGCAGUAACAAAUGGCUAUGUUUCUUUGCACUGCUACUUGUACUACUCCUCUCCGAAACCUUCCAUUCCCAGUCUCUAGACCCAUACAGCCUACCUCCCCAACUGCCAUCGGAAGAAGAGCAAUUUUCUCUCCUCUGCGAGUUGCCGCUCCUCCGACCCAACCCUCUACCGCCCGCGAACAGGACCACCAAGUUGCCGAUGUCGAAGAUGACACCGGCGAAGAUACCUCGUCGUCCAAGUUCACAUGGCGAGAUCACUGGUACCCUGUGUCCCUGCUCGAAGACCUCGACCCUCGCCUCCCUACUCCCUUUCAGCUUCUAGGUCGCGACCUCGUUCUCUGGUUUGAUAAAUCCACCGCCCAAUGGGUCGCCUUCGACGACAAGUGCCCCCACCGCCUCGCCCCUCUUUCUGAAGGCCGGAUUGAUGAGGAGGGUCAUUUGCAGUGCUCGUAUCAUGGGUGGUCGUUCGAUCAGUGCGGAUCGUGCGUUCGGAUCCCUCAGGCUGCACCUGAAGGACCUGAGGCCCGUGCCGUUGGGUCUCCAAGAGCUUGUGCAACGAAGCUCCCCACAAUGGUGUCUCAAGGUCUGCUUUUUGUUUGGCCGGAUGAGAAUGGUUUGGAACGAGCUCGGGCCACCAAGCCUCCCAUGCUGCCUGAUGACUUUGAGAACCCCGAGUUUUCAACCGUGACGAUUCAGCGUGAUCUGUAUUAUGGUUAUGAUACCCUCAUGGAGAAUGUUUCUGAUCCUUCCCACAUAGACUUUGCGCAUCAUAAGGUUACAGGGAGGAGGGAUAGAGCCAAGCCUUUGCCAUUUAAAUUAGAGUCUAGUGGCCCUUGGGGCUUUGCUGGAUCCAAUGACGGGAACCCACAAAUUAGUGCUGAAUUUGUUGCACCUUGUUAUUAUAUUAAUAAAAUAGAGAUAGACACAAAGCUCCCUAUAGUUGGCGAUCAACAAUGGAAAAUAUGGAUCUGUUCCUUUAAUGUGCCAAUGGCACCUGGGAAGACCCGCUCAAUUGUUUGUAGUGCUCGAAACUUUUUCCAGUUCACAAUGCCAGGACCUGCCUGGUGGCAGGUGGUUCCUAGGUGGCACGAGCAUUGGACUUCAAACAAGGUAUAUGAUGGAGACAUGAUUGUCCUACAGGGCCAAGAGAAGAUCUUCCUCUCAAAAUCAGUGGAGGGUUCUGCUGAUAUUAACAAGCAGUAUACAAUACUCACAUUUACACCCACACAGGCAGAUCGCUUUGUCUUAGCAUUUAGAAAUUGGCUAAGGCGGCAUGGCAACAGCCAACCCGACUGGUUUGGCAGCGUCAACCAACAACCUCUGCCUUCAGCCGUUUUGUCAAAACGUCAGAUGCUGGAUAGAUUCGAGCAGCACACUCUGAAAUGUUCAUCAUGUAAAGUAGCUAAUGAAGCAUUUCAGACAUUGCAGAAGGUCCUGAUGGGUGCAACCGUUGUGUUCUGUGCAACAGUGGGCAUCCCUUCUGAUAUACAGUUGCGGGUAAUUUUGGGAGGAUUUGCACUUGCAAGUGCUGGUUUGGCCUAUGCCUUGCGUGAACUGCAAAAGAACUUUGUGUUCGUUGAUUAUGUACAUGCCAAAAUUGAUUGAGUUCAUCACAGAGCCAAGGAGAUGACCAGGAAAUGUAUACUAUUAGCAUAGGCAAUAUAAAUUGUUUCACACGAUUGACGAGUGUCUAGAACAUAUAAAAAGUAUAGGACGAGUCGUAGAUUGGAUGCAUUUCUUACCCAUAAGUGUUUAAAAUAUCAUUCGAGUAAAUGAUAAUAUAAUUUUAAAUGAA